AUGCUGAGUGCCAGCGAAACAGACCGCACGGCGGUCGAAGCUCGUCUUCGAGCAGAGGUGGAGCAGCUCCUCGAGGACAACUUACAGCUCAAGCGCCACAAGCUCGAGGAGGCAUCGACCUGCGACGGCGUCGUAAAGCUCAUCAAAAGAUACGACCGUGACCGCCACGCGACACUCGACGAGCUUAACGCCGGCUUGGCGGGCAUCAUCUCGCGGCGAACAAAGCUGAGACGCGAAAGCCGCAUCCGGGAUAAGUGGGAGGCUGAAGUCGUGGCCUUGCAGGCGCAGGUCCAUGCGGAUGGGCCCAGGUACAAGAGGCUCCGGAACAUCAAGCAAAAGAUUGCGGCCGAUCUGGAGCGAGACAAGCAGCAAGUCAAGCUGCGCCAGGCGCCGGUCGACGAGACGACGGCCCCGCGGCCGCCGCACAGCGUCAGUGUCACCCCCUUGGUUUCGCUGGCACUCGAGCCAUCUAUCGCGUCGUAGAAGUCCACGCGGGGCAGCUGAUCCAUCCAGAGCUCGGCAGCUCUGCGACGGUCCUCACGCCUUGCUAAGCUGGCGACGCAGAAGCUGGGGAGGCUGCUCAUAGUGUUGGGCUGCCCGCGAGAUGGAACCCGCGAUGAUCACGACAGGGCCUGCCUUUGCCUGGUGCCAAUUGAGCCAAUAUGCAAGGACUGGGGGGCCUGGCCUGCCUUUGCCUGGUGCCAAUUGAGCCAAUAUGCGAGGACUGGGGGGCCUGGAGGGCCGCCGAGGCUGGCUACCAAACGUGAUCCUGUAGAUGACUUGAGGGGAGAGGGAUACGACCUUUACGGGUUCAACAAGGCGUUCCGUGUUUUGCAUACCAAGAAAGCACCAAACAGUAAACAGACGGAACAACGGAACAAGCUUGUACUUGCAGCGUUCAAGUAUUUGUCUGAGUACGAGGAUGAGGGGCCUGAAGACGGCAGCUUCGAAGACAUCGACGUCCGAUCGGAGCUGAAGGCGCGGGCUCAAGGCGUCGACGUCUUUUUCUACGACAAGAAUCAAGGGGCGCCGUUCGACGGAGGUGUCGAAGUCAGAUGGGAAACUUGGACUGCUUCUAAGAUCUACCUCGCGCCGCACCCGGACGAAGAGAACGCAGUCGCCGUGAUCAACCUGAAAAAAACAAUGAGUAAUGGACGCAGCGGGCACGCAUACGCGCUCGUCAAGCCCAAAGCCGGCGGCGGCCGGCGGGACUUCGAGUUCGCCAACUACCCGGCCUUUCUCAUUGUAGCGCGAGACUAG